UGAAGCAUAAUAUACCAUUAAUGUUUUGUCCACAGGGCUGGGAUUGACUGGUGAAGUAAUUCCAUUCAGCACACAAAAAACCGAAUGGCGUCACAUCAAUGCCACAGAGAACUGGAACUCCUGGCUGCAUAGAUUCAAAACCUACAGAUGAAUGAAUGCGAGUAACUGCCUCUCGAUAAUUACAAAGGCUGCUCUGGCUUAUAUUGUGACACACUUACAGUAACAAGAGGAAAUUGUUGAACUUAUCCAUGGACAGUACUAACACAUUUACAACAGUUUUGCAAUGAGCAGAAAAGAGGCAAUGUUUGAAUGUGCCCUGAACUCACUUUCAGACAAAUCAACCACUAAUAUUGACAGUCAUUCACAGCAAAGAUCAAAAGAUUCCUAUCAUAGCAAAUUGGACAAGCAUAUGGAGAGGAGAACGCAUGGAAACAGAAAGGAAGACUACCAUCACCACAAUAGGAAGAAGAGUAAUCAAAUUUUGUUCCGGGGUUUUACUAAUCGAUAUACUAAAGAAAAGCUCAUAAAAGAAAUAUUUUUUAAGUCGACCUCAUUAGGGCUUUCAAGUUUUCUGUUAAAAAAUAAAGAACAUAUUUUGAAAACUGGGUGGCAAAGAGAAAUAAGACCUAGACAAAGGGAUUAUAGUAAUUUAACAUCAGAUAAUCCAAUUUCUGUCAAUUUCAAACACCAAAGUUCUGAAGAAGAUGCUGAUGGUGGGGAUUCUCAUUUACUUAAAAACUGUCAGCUGAGCUCUGAUAAGGUUUUAAAAGGUCAAAGUUUUGAUCUCGGUUCAGCUGGUACAUUUGGGUCACAGCAAGAAAUUCCUGAAAGUUACCUAUCACGGCAUCAAGUACCAGAAGACAGAUUUGUCACACCUCUUCAGACACCAGGGACAAGUAUGCCUGAAAAUUUAAUUAGUCCUUUAACUGCAAGUAGUUUGCUGGAGGGUAAUGAUGUUAACAGGAAGAAGGAAAUCAACUCAAAAUAUAAUAUACACCAUGAUACAGAGCUAUUAAAUACUCCAUGUAUGGAAGAAGAUUGUGGAAUUGGUGUGAAUAACAGGCUGACGAGUUGUGUGAAUGACAAAGAGGAUGGUACUACUGAUAAGCAGAGAAGUGUGAAUAACUGGCUGAGUAAGGAGGGCAAACUGAGUGAAAAUGAAAACAACAAUGACAUUGAGUUGAAAGACAAGAGGGUAAAACAUAAUGAGAAAGACAGGAAGAGUUCCAGAUCUCACAACCACAAAAGAAAGAAAUCAAAACACAAGAGAAGUAAUUCAGAUAAGGGAUCAGAAGAGGAGUCUCAAAGGUCCACUUCUAGCCAUAAUAAAAGAAAACCUAAACCUAAUGAAAGUGAAGAUAAACAGAGGAAAUCUUCAAACAGUCAGGAAGACAAUAAGAAAAGUGAAACAAAAAGGAAAACAUUGUCUAACAGCCAUGAAGACAAUAAGAAAAGUGAAACAAAAAGGAGGAAAUUGUCUGACAGCCAUGAAGACAAUAAGAAAAGUGAAACAAAAAGGAGGAAAUUGUCUGGCAGUCAUGAAGACAAUAAUGAAAGUGAAGAUAAACAGAGGAAAUCAUCAGACAGUCAGGAAGACAAUAAGAAAAGUGAAACAAAGAGGAAAAAAUUGUCUGGCAGCCAUGAAGACAAUAAGAAAAGUGAAACAAAAAGGAGGAAAUUGUCUGGCAGUCAUGAAGACAAUAAUGAAAGUGAAGAUAAACAGAGGAAAUCAUCAGACAGUCAGGAAGACAAUAAGAAAAGUGAAACAAAGAGGAAAAAAUUGUCUGACAGCCAUGAAGACAAUAAGAAAAGUGAAACAAAAAGGAGGAAAUUGUCUGGCAGUCAUGAAGACAAUAAUGAAAGUGAAGAUAAACAGAGGAAAUCAUCAGACAGUCAGGAAGACAAUAAGAAAAGUGAAACAAAGAGGAAAAAAUUGUCUGACAGUCAUGAAGACAAGAAAAGUGAAACAAAAAGGAGGAAAUUGCCUGGCAGUCAUCAAGACAAUAAUGAAAGUGAAGAUAAACAGAGGAAAUCAUCAGACAGUCAGGAAGACAGUAAGAAAAGUGAAGAUGAACAGAGGAAAUCAUCAGACAGUCAGGAAGACAACAAGAAAAGAGAAACAAAGAGGAAACAAUUGUCUGGCAAUCAUGAAGACAAUAAUGAAAGUGAGACAAAAAGGAGGAAAUUGUCUGGCAAUCAUAAAGACAAUACCCCCAUUGAGAAAGCUGGUGAAUGUAAUCCACAGGUUACCCCUGGACUCUCAGAUCAUAGUGCAACCAUAAGUAUCAAAAUGGAACCUGAAGAGAUUAUAUAUUUUCCAGAUAUUGUCAAUAAUGAACGAGAAAAUCAUGGACAUUUUUUAGAUACUUCAGGAGUUUAUGAUUCAUUAAAUGAUGAUAAAAGUUCCAUUCAGAAUGGUCUGGCUGAUUCAGACAUUAAAUCUGAAAAUGUCUUAAAAAUAGAAACUUUUGAGUCCAAGAAAACAAAUGAUGUAAUAGACUUAUAUAGGAAAAAAGAAUCUACCCUGAUGAUGUAUACCAGUCAGUGGUUGAGUGAUGUAGAUGAAAAUUAUGUAAGCACAGGUAAUCCAUUUACUGAUUUGUGUCAAUUUAUGCAGGCUAUGAACCUAGAUAUUUGGGAAGAUAGUGAAUACCCAGAAAUUUAUGCUUGGGAAGUGAACAUGCGAAGGAUGUUUGUGUCUUUGUUUACGGAGGUGGAUUUAGAAAAAUUUACUAGGGAUAUACAUAACAAUAUGAGAGAUUAUCCAGAUUUAAGCAAUUUUAUUUCUGUGUAUAAAUUAAUGUGAUUUAUUUUGUAUGGUUGUGCAGUAUUUCUUUAGCCACCAAAAUACAUUUAUAGCGACUGAGCAGAAUUGUAAAGAAACUUAAUAAAUUUACUUGAGUACGAUACUCAAGUAACAUU